AUGGCUCAUGCUUCGUUCCCACCAGAGGUUGUGGACAUCAUUGGAGGGUAUUUGCUUGGCCUGAUCAUAAGGCCUUUCGGUGAAGAUGAAGUGGUGACUCCGCACUACAACCCAGCAUACUGUCUCCUACAGAGAAACUUUCUGGGUGCAUUGCUUCGCUUGAGGGCUGUGCAGAGAGCACUUGUGCAAGCUCCAGCAGUGCAAGCUCCAGCAGAGCCACUGCCAAACCCAAUCCAGGUUUUCCCCCUGGACCUGGACAUGAGUUUUUGCAAAGUGCCAACAAAUCAGCUUCCAGAGCACCCAUUGCUGGAUUACCAGCUUCUCCAGCAGCCUAUCCUCAAGAUAUAUCCAGAAAGGCCACAGGAUGUCAUCCAAGUGUGCCCAUACCCAAUGGCUGUGUAUGUUCCAGUACCUGCUGGUGAAGACAUGCAAGACUGGAAGGAAUAUCUCUGUGAGGUUCUUUGGAGAGCGGGAUCAGAGCAGCCAGUUGCCACACCAACUGAUCACUCAGGCUUGACCCGAGGGGCGAUCAAGGUCCAGAGCGAAAUGUUCAAGGCAGUGCUCCAGAGUGCAGGUAUUGCCCAGGUGUAUGUAGGAAGAUUUGGGAUGAAGCAGCUGCUGCUGCCGAGCCCACAACAAGUCUUGAAUCAGAUUCCACAUGUACCAGAUGCUCAUACUGCUAUGGACAUUGGCCUCAUGGCAAGGGAUGAGAACCAUGUGUGGCUGUUUGGUAUUCGUUGCAGUGGACAUGGUGUCUGGCAUGACAGACGGAAUGGCUUCAAAUGGAGGGUGCUGCCCUUGGUGCCUGGUUCUCAGAGAAACCUGGGUGGGUUCAUUUAUGGAUCCCUCGAAGGAAAGCCUCAUGGAUCUGGCCCUUUUGGCAAUGAUGAAGGCAAAGCCAUACAGCUAUAUCCCCUCCUGCACCACACAAGAUUGGCCCUGACAGGACUGGACCCUGUGUGGCCAAGCCACAUGUACCACAUGAUCAACAGGAAGCAAGCUCUUCAGGACUACACCUUCCAGCUCCUGGGCCGUCUUCAUCAGGCUACUGGUGGCAGAUUCGAGACCAGAGUCAGAGCAUCAGCUGCACAGUCAUUGGCAGAGCUGCUGCCUGGAGCAAUGCUGAAUCUGGACUAUGUCAAGAAGCUGAUGGAAACAGGGUUGAUCCAGAUCAAGCGAAUUUCUCUUCAGGAAUUCAAAGCACAUGUCCUGGCAGCAUGGGCUUGGGCAGAAGCAGGAGACUGCUUUGGAGGCAUGGCUGCUCAAGGGCCUGACACAAAUGACCCAGGACAGGUAGCCUUGUUCAAGGGCAAGAGAGUGAUCUACCUCAACUUGCUGGCCACCCUUGGAUUCGCUUCUGGGAAGUGGAACACCACCCUGCAGGAACACAUCUCAGAACCUUUUGUUGGGGCCCAAGCUGAUGUGCAUUGGAUUCCAGCCCCCCAUGCAGCACCUGCAAGGGUACCUGCUGCACGUGCCAUGGCUGCACCGGCACUUGGACCAGCCAGGCCUGCAGACAUCUUCCUCGGAGGUGAGGAAUUGGAAGAUCCUGCCAGGCAGAGAGCACUGAGGCUUAUAAGCAGGGCCCCAGCUCAGCCACUGCAGCCUGCCCCCCCGUAUGAGGCACCCACACCCCAGGAAGUGUCAGGAAUCACUGUCGCUGAUCUUUGCCCAGAAGAACUCAUCAUUGAGAGCUUGCUUCCAGAUCUGAAGACAAGGGGCAAGGCAGGUGAGCGAGGCAGUGGCAAGCCAAAGUUUGCAUACAUUGGAGGCUGGGGACCCCAGGAUAAGGCCACAAGGAUCAGCAAGGGGUAUGACAGCAGAGCUUCCAUGGCCAGAGCAAUCUGGACGUGGAGCAGCAUCAACUGGCUCGGAGGGGGGCCACGGAGGGCCCCAGGGCCAGAGGGUGAUUGGCUCAAGCUACUGUCCUACUGGAGCAUGGCACCUAGCAGCUGCAGCCCUGGGUUGGAAGACGAAUGGAAAGACCUCGUGGCGAGCAUCCAAGAAGCCAAAACAACCUGGGAGGAGGAGGAGAAGGAGAAGAGGGACAGAGACAGGGCAGAGAAAGCUUCAGCUGGCUACCGGCCCAUAGCAGCUAACGAGCUUGUAGUGGUGGAGGCCAUGGCUCAUGCUUCGUUCCCACCAGAGGUUGUGGACAUCAUUGGAGGGUAUUUGCUUGGCCUGAUCAUAAGGCCUUUCGGUGAAGAUGAAGUGGUGACUCCGCACUACAACCCAGCAUACUGUCUCCUACAGAGAAACUUUCUGGGUGCAUUGCUUCGCUUGAGGGCUGUGCAGAGAGCACUUGUGCAAGCUCCAGCAGUGCAAGCUCCAGCAGAGCCACUGCCAAACCCAAUCCAGGUUUUCCCCCUGGACCUGGACAUGAGUUUUUGCAAAGUGCCAACAAAUCAGCUUCCAGAGCACCCAUUGCUGGAUUACCAGCUUCUCCAGCAGCCUAUCCUCAAGAUAUAUCCAGAAAGGCCACAGGAUGUCAUCCAAGUGUGCCCAUACCCAAUGGCUGUGUAUGUUCCAGUACCUGCUGGUGAAGACAUGCAAGACUGGAAGGAAUAUCUCUGUGAGGUUCUUUGGAGAGCGGGAUCAGAGCAGCCAGUUGCCACACCAACUGAUCACUCAGGCUUGACCCGAGGGGCGAUCAAGGUCCAGAGCGAAAUGUUCAAGGCAGUGCUCCAGAGUGCAGGUAUUGCCCAGGUGUAUGUAAGAAGAUUUGGGAUGAAGCAGCUGCUGCUGCCGAGCCCACAACAAGUCUUGAAUCAGAUUCCACAUGUACCAGAUGCUCAUACUGCUAUGGACAUUGGCCUCAUGGCAAGGGAUGAGAACCAUGUGUGGCUGUUUGGUAUUCGUUGCAGUGGACAUGGUGUCUGGCAUGACAGACGGAAUGGCUUCAAAUGGAGGGUGCUGCCCUUGGUGCCUGGUUCUCAGAGAAACCUGGGUGGGUUCAUUUAUGGAUCCCUCGAAGGAAAGCCUCAUGGAUCUGGCCCUUUUGGCAAUGAUGAAGGCAAAGCCAUACAGCUAUAUCCCCUCCUGCACCACACAAGAUUGGUCCUGACAGGACUGGACCCUGUGUGGCCAAGCCACAUGUACCACAUGAUCAACAGGAAGCAAGCUCUUCAGGACUACACCUUCCAGCUCCUGGGCCGUCUUCAUCAGGCUACUGGUGGCAGAUUCGAGACCAGAGUCAGGGCAUCAGCUGCACAGUCAUUGGCAGAGCUGCUGCCUGGAGCAAUGCUGAAUCUGGACUAUGUCAAGAAGCUGAUGGAAACAGGGUUGAUCCAGAUCAAGCGAAUUUCUCUUCAGGAAUUCAAAGCACAUGUCCUGGCAGCAUGGGCUUGGGCAGAAGCAGGAGACUGCUUUGGAGGCAUGGCUGCUCAAGGGCCUGACACAAAUGACCCAGGACAGGUAGCCUUGUUCAAGGGCAAGAGAGUGAUCUACCUCAACUUGCUGGCCACCCUUGGAUUCGCUUCUGGGAAGUGGAACACCACCCUGCAGGAACACAUCUCAGAACCUUUUGUUGGGGCCCAAGCUGAUGUGCAUUGGAUUCCAGCCCCCCAUGCAGCACCUGCAAGGGUACCUGCUGCACGUGCCAUGGCUGCACCGGCACUUGGACCAGCCAGGCCUGCAGACAUCUUCCUCGGAGGUGAGGAAUUGGAAGAUCCUGCCAGGCAGAGAGCACUGAGGCUUAUAAGCAGGGCCCCAGCUCAGCCACUGCAGCCUGCCCCCCCGUAUGAGGCACCCACACCCCAGGAAGUGUCAGGAAUCACUGUCGCUGAUCUUUGCCCAGAAGAACUCAUCAUUGAGAGCUUGCUUCCAGAUCUGAAGACAAGGGGCAAGGCAGGUGAGCGAGGCAGUGGCAAGCCAAAGUUUGCAUACAUUGGAGGCUGGGGACCCCAGGAUAAGGCCACAAGGAUCAGCAAGGGGUAUGACAGCAGAGCUUCCAUGGCCAGAGCAAUCUGGACGUGGAGCAGCAUCAACUGGUGCCACAGGGUCAAAUACAGUUUGCCCUCAUAG